AGUUCUGACAACUCUUUAUUUUGAAAGAUUGGUCCAAUCCCCGCAGAUGAUGGUGUUGGGAAAGAGGUCAUCAUGCGAUUGGCAACGAAUAUGGAAACGAACAAAGUUUUCUACACUGAUUUGAAUGGAAGGGAUUUUCUGAAACGAGUUCGAGAUUAUAGAGAAGAUUGGUCUCUUUCAGUUACUCAGCCUGUAGCAGGAAACUAUUACCUACUUAAUCUUGGAAUUUUCAUGGCGGAUAAGAAAUCUGAAUUAUCGGUAUUAGUUGAUUGUGCCACUGGGGGAGCCAGCAUUGCAGAUGGACAACUAGAGCUGAUGCUGCACAGAUAA